CCUCAUCACGCAGGCGAUCACCAGCGCGCCCGACCAGCGGCUCACUCUCUCGCAGAUCUACGAGUGGAUGGUCCAGAACGUAUCCUACUUCAAGGACAAGGGUGACAACAAUAGCAGCGCCGGUUGGAAGAAUUCUAUACGUCACAACUUGUCGCUGCACAGUAGGUUCAUGCGGGUACAGAACGAAGGAACCGGCAAGAGUUCCUGGUGGAUGAUCAAUCGCGACGCCAAGCCGGGUAAAUCCGCCCGUCGUAGAGCUACUACUAUGGAGAGCACCGGCAGUCUAGAGAAACGACGUGGCCGCUCGAAGAAGAUCGCUGAGGCUCUGAGGAACGGCGGAUUGCUGGCCGAGCCCACGUCCAGUCCCAGCAGCAGCGUCGGAGAAGGUUUGGACCUGUUUCCGGAUAGUCCCCUCCCACCUGCCAGCGGAUUCCAGCUUUCCUCUGACUUCCGUCCUCGCGCCUCGAGUAACGCUUCCUCCUGUGGCCGAUUGAGUCCUAUCCCAGCGGUUCUCGGGGAACCAGAUUGGACACCGACCUACGCGUCUUCUUAUAGUCCGGAUCAACAAUUAGAUACGAUCCUAGCAGGCAACCUGGCCGAUACAAUGAAACUGGAACCCUACCAAAUGUACCAGACAUCACCGCCGGCCGGUCACCAACAGCAAACGGGCCCGCCGCCACCUUACUACGAAGCGCAGUAUCAGAGGAAUAACGGCCUACGCACCUCGUCAUCCGCAUCUUAUGGCCUGCCACCUACUCCGCAAUCGGCCAAUCAACAAAGAUGUCCGAUUCAUGGUCUGCAGCCGUGCGGCUGUCAAAUGAACCUGAGUCCCGGCAUGUCACCGUCUGGCAUGUCACCGUCGUAUCAGCAGAGCGAGCCCAGUCCUACGACACUGGGCAGCAAUCAACAGCAAACGCUGCAAUACAUGAUUCAGACGCAACAGCGUCAACAGCAGCAGCAGCAGCAACAGCAGCAGCAGCAGCAGCAACAACAGCAACAGCAGCAACCGCCACAUCAGCCACAUCAGCCACAGCAUCAGCCAGCACAAACUGGACCAGCUGGUCCCAGUCCACCUAACACACCAACACCCUGCCCCGCCACAGCCAGCACCAUGAUGGGCCAGCUAAUGGGUGCGCUCAAUCAUUCCGCCCUCGAUGACCUUAACAUCAACAUCGAGGCAAUGCACGGCGGCUUCGACUGCAACGUUGAGGAAGUAAUUAGGCAUGAAUUGUCGAUGGGUGGCACGCUGGAUUUUAACUUCCAGCAGGGAGUGAUGGGCACCGUGCAAGUCAGUGACGGCAACGUCGUUGGCCAGAAUGGUGGCGUCGUUUCCCAGAACACCGGCGUCGUCAUCGGCACGACGACCGGCAACGCGCCGGGCGUCUACGUAAGCACGAAUGCGGCAACCCCCGCCGCGACCCCUUCGUGGGUUCACUAGCAGUUAACCCCCCUGCCCUCGACACCCCCGUCGUCCUUGCCGAUGCCGAUGUUGUCCGACGGAUCGCUGGAUAACUUCUGCGGGACGACCGAAGGGCAGCUCAUCGAUGUUCGACAUGCCGAGGACGAGAGGGUGAACCGACGACUUGUGAUAAGAUAUAGACAUAAUGAUGCCAGAUCACGACGAAAUACGUACUUCAAAAAUGCCAAUUUACGUUAGUGCAAUUGUGGUGCGAGGAACUAUUGCCGCGAGUGCGAUUAACGUCGGCGAGGGCUUCAUCAUCGUUUCAUCAAACGUCUUCAGCUUUUUUAAAAAUGAGCUGGUGCUCAAGAUAGGCCGGAGAUAAGCUGAUGACAAUUACGAGGUUACGAGCUCUCACGGAUUUAAGAAAAUUUUC